GCUUGACUGUGACGGAAGCCAUUUUACGCAUGCGUAUUAGCCCCGGAAGCAGUGUGAUGCAAUUGUAAACAACUUGGGGUUGUUGGAUUUCUCGUAAAUUGCUGAAUAUUUUUAACAUUUAGCGAAAAGCUUCACGAUGUCAUUUCGUCCAGGAUUAUUCAAAUUCGGUAUAAAUAUAUUGGGCAAGUCAGAGACAUGUUGUGCCAGAAAACAAAAUUGUUACUCUCAUUAUUCCAAAAUAUCCAGUCCUGCUGUGAGUACUGGUGUAAAGAGUGGACUCAGUAAAUACAAGCAACAUAUUGGAAGGCCAUCUGUUUUUAACCGACUGCUUUCCACCUCAAACCCCUUAUUAAAAGAUGACAAAAAAAGUGAAACAAAAUCUGCUACACUUCAAGAACCAAUGGAAAUACGAAAGUUUAUAUCAUACAAGUGUAAAGUAUGUGAUACAAGAAACAGUCAUACAUUUUCCAAGAAAGCUUACGAGGAAGGGGUUGUGAUUGUCACAUGUGAAGGAUGCAAGAACCAUCAUUUAUUGGCCGAUAACUUGGAAUGGUUUACAGACGUUGGAAAAAAAAAUAUUGAAGAGAUUAUGGAAGCAAAAGGAGAAAAAGUAAAGUACCUGUCAACAGCUAAAGGCACUGUUGAAAUUGUGUUAGACAGUGCCAACAAGAAAACAGAAGACAAUUAAUGCACAGAUUAUUUGUUCUUAACACUUUUGUAUCACAAUGAAGUAUCAUUGUGUAAAGGCUUUAUUUCUCUUCCUCAUGUUGUUAUAAAUAAAUGAUAAUAAAUCAGUUGAACAUUCA